GGGUGAUGUCUAUCAUAAUUAUCUAGUUAUUGAUGACGUAAAUCUUGGAUGCGCAAUAUUUACUCGUUGCUCAUACCGCAGAUUUGAUAUCGCUACCUAGAUACUCAUCCUAAUUUGAUUAUGUAGGAGCAGAUUAGGCAAUGACGAAAAGACGGGCUUAUAGCGCUUAUUACUUCAGCGAGCAAUCUGUCUGUCUUGUGUGGUCUGUAUAUCGUACAAGUAGUACGACCACAAAUGCUCCACUCUCCGACAUUGGUGGAUCCGGUGCUUUGUUCCUCACAAAACGUACGGGGUCGACUUUUCCAACCUUAUGCUGUGAAUUAAAAGAAACCAACCUUGGGGUUUAUAGAAUGGUGGCCUUCCAAUCCCAAUUUUAAUGUCUUCGUUUUUACAUCAGAUUGCAUAACAUUCUCACACUUUUCUAAUUAUUUUUGUUGUGUUUUUGUAGAGAGAUUUGGAGGAAAGAUUUGAGAAAAUGGUGGUUCAAAGAUUGAGGACCUUGGUGUUGUUUGGGUUUAUCUUGUUGUUUUGUUACACAUGGAAAUUCUUCCUGCCGAGGAAUUCAAACAAUGUGGUUUAUGGAGGGGAGAUGGUGAUACCACCGGAUGUUUGGGAACAAGUUAAGAAAAACAACGAGAUUUUGCACGAUGAUGAGGUUGAGGCUGAGAGCGAACGGGUGACCACGACUUCGACGACAAGUACGGUUGAGGAAGUGAAGACAACGUCGAAACCUGAAGUUGUGGUAGUGACGGAUUCACAAACGGUAUCGACGCCUUCACCAACACCAGCGUUUACGCAACAUGAAGUAGUCGAGCUAUCCAAACCCCAGCCGGCUCAAAAUGAGGCCACGGAAUCAAGACAACAUUUUUCCUCGGAGCAGACACAGGCUCCAAAAGCAGAAAGUAAUGAACAGCAUAGUACUUCAUCUCAAGAGCACCAGCCGCAACAGCAGCAAGAAUUCAAUCCAAUGAUCAAAGAUAAUUUCCCAUUAGCAAUGAACGCUCGCUCCGCCGCCGACCUACCUCCCAUUCCCCCAUGGAACAAACCUCCGACUCCUCACGUAAAAGAGAAAACGCCCCUCUUCAUUGCUUUCACCAGAAACUGGCCAUUACUCCAGCAAACUGUCGUCUCUUGGAUAACAUCAGGUUGGCCUGCCGAAGAUAUAUAUGUCGUUGAAAACACCGGUACGAUGAGAUCUAACGAAUUUGGUCGCCUUUCCCUCCAAAAUCCCUUUUUCCUAAAUCAUACUCGACUUCAUAUGUUAGGUGUAAAUGUCAUAGUUACACCUACCCUUUACACAUUCGCCCAAUUGCAGAAUUUCUUCCUCUGGACGGCUAUCGAGAAGGACCUCGAGACUUAUUUCUGGAGUCACAUGGAUAUCGUUCCUAUCACUUUCGAAGAUGACGUCUCUGCAUCCGAUAACUACUCCGGGCAUAAAACUAUCUAUCACCAUGCUGUCGAAGUUCUUAAAUCAGCUCAAUCACCUGGCCCGGACCCGAAUUCCUCGGAUCGAAGUAGGCCAUGGGCGAUGAGAUUCUUUGCCUUUGAUUACUUAACCUUGGUAAACAGAGCGGCUUUUGAAUCGAUCGGCGGAUUCGAUACUACUAUUCCUUUCUAUCAUACUGAUUGUGAUAUGUACGAUCGAUUGGCUAUGGCUGGAUAUGAGAUGAAUGAGCCACGCCAUCUAAUGACAACAGUUGGGAAUGAUUUUGACGGAUUGGAUCGAGCUGGACGUGGAUACAUUUAUGAUGUUGCGAACAGCAUUGACGAUUUGAUCGUUCUAUACCGGAAAAAGAAUACUGUAGAAGCUAGUUUUACGGAUCAGACCAGACCGGAAGAUAUUGAGGCCGCACGCAAGCAUAACGAGGAACAGCUGAGGAUGGAAAAAGAAGCUCAAGAGCAAGAAGAGGCCCUGAGAAAGGCUGAAGAAAACAAAAAACAGGCUGCGAUUGAUGACGAGAAUGCCCAAGCGCAUGCAAAGGCGAUGCAAGAACAGGUGAAAGCCCAGGCGAUGAGAGAGCAAGCUACGCUUGAUAAUAAGGCAGAAGAGAUCAAGAAACAGGAAGAAGAAAAGGCCCAGAAUGAAGGUCAUAUUAUGGAUCAUCCAAAAACUAACACCUAUGCCAGUUCAGGCUAUGAAAGUAGUAAUGCUGAGUUGAAGGAAUCGUCAGAUAAACAGCAAGAAUUGCGACAAGAAAAGGAAAGAGAGGAGAAAGAAUCCAGUUCUUCAACUACCUACUCAAAUGUAGGCGAGUACAGAAAGCGAGAUCUGGAAGGUUCAUCAGCAAAUCCUCAAACAAAAUCAUUAGAGGAUCUUCAUCAUGACGCUGCCUCAAAGUCAGCCUCGGAAAAUCCAACCGCAUCUUCUUCAUCCACAUCUUCAGACUCAGAAUGGAUCACCGACGAGCCCGGUUCCUCAGCCUAUUACCAGCUGCUGCAAGUUGCCAACGACAUGGUAGGAGCUAAGUACUCCCAAGGCGGCGAUGGUCGAAAUACAUGGCAACAUCAGCAAUCAGGAGGUCAAGGUGAACCUUACUAUCGCAAUGCAGAUGGCUUUGAGAAGGCCGUUCAAAUGACUAUCACCUUAGGAAGAGGAGUAUAUCUCGAGAAAUGGGGAACGCUGGAGUGUGGGUUGAUUAGAAGUGGAGUUACGAUGGAUGAUGAGUGGAAGCCUCGCGAGUGGAAUAGAUAGUGAGGGGGAUGUAAAUUGUUGGGUCUUUUUUUGUAGACUGUUCGGAAAUCAAUUGGUUAUUUCUUGGAGUGAUACCUUGGAAGGAGUUUUGGUGUUUAAUAGGAUUUCUGCGAACGGUAAUUACCAGGGAAAAUUACAAAAAUUUCCGACUUUGUGUUUGAAAUUUUGGAUACAGGCUGUACACCGGUUGUGUUGUACAAUGUUAUGGCGUUUGGAUUCGGAUAUAUAUAGUGUAGAGAGUUUCAGAUUCUGAGUAGAAUAGAUCAGGUAUAUGGAGCAAAUACAAUAAAAGCAAACCAUGAUGUAUUUUCGAAUGCUCCUGAUCUGUGAACUUGGCCA